AGCGUGGGGCCCGUCCCAGAGGCCACCUCCUUGUUUAUAUCCGGACAGUGACGUGUCCCAGCCGUUUCAUGAGGAACUUCCUGUUAACCGGUGGGGAGGGAUGGACGGCUCCAGGGGCCCCGUGGAAUGCGUUCGUGCCUUUGUGUGAAAAGGGGACACCAGCCAAGCAGCCCUUUGGAAAGGGCUGUGUCACUGCCGAGGCCCUGAAGAACUUUACCUGCCUGAGGGCACGAAGACAUGCCAAGAUGGGAGGCGGCGGGAAAGGCGUCCCCGGGCUGCUGGUCGUCCUGGUCGGGCUGGCAGCUUCUGGAUCCUGCUAUCAAAUCACAGAAGGUCCCAAGAACGCAACAGCCCUGGAGGGCUCAGAGGCUCGCUUCAACUGCACCGUGUCACAGGGCUGGCGGCUCAUCAUGUGGGCUCUGAAUGGCACCGUGAUUCUCAGCGUCACCCCCAAGGAGCCCAUCAUCACCAACGACCGCUUCACCUCUGCCAGUUACGAAGUAGGUGGUGACUUCGUCUCUGAGAUGAUAAUCCACGAUGUGCAGCUCAACGACUCUGGGCGCAUCACAUGCAGCCUCCAGAACAGUGAUCGGGAUGCAUCUGCCUUCCUUUCAGUCCAAGUUGUGGGAGACUUGAGCAUUCCCACGGGCGGUCUUGUAGUCCCUGAGGAUGAACCUUGUAACGUUACCUGUCGAGUGCUGGGCUGGAGCCCACUCCCAGACGUUACCUGGGACAUCAGUGCUCCCGUGAGAAGUUCCAGCUACUCUUGGGUCCCCAACCCCGAUGACCCUGGAAGUGCCCUUAGCAUCCUCUCUCUCACACCCCAAGGCAGCGGGACGCUGACCUGCCUGGCUGACUUGAAGGGUCUGAACUUUCACAAGUCUGUAACUGUAAACCUUACUGUGAUUCAGCCUCCCGUGGGUAGUAUUGACAAUCCAGGCAACUCGUUGCCUACCUGGGCAAUAAUCCUUCUUGCAGUAUCAUUUUCAUUACUCUUGAUCCUGAUAAUUGUUCUGAUUAUAAUCUGCUGCUGCUGUUGUGUCUCUGGGAGAGAGGAAAAAGAAUCUGGUUAUCAAAGUAAACUAAGGAAAUCUUCAGAUGUGAAAACAAACAAUGGAACUUUUGAGACCAAGACAAAAAGUGGAAAUGAAAACCAUGGGUACAAUCCUUAUGAAUCAAGGAUCUCAAAGACUUCUUCACUCCAUCCCAAAUCCUAUGAAUUCAGUGUUUUGGAACAACGCGGUAGCCAGCAACCCCAUCAGGGAUCUGCUGAGCCUCACCCAGCUCCAGUGAACCGUCCACAUGUUUCUUUUGAUAUGGCCAGUCCCAAGAAGAUCAGGAAUGUAACUCUGGUGUAGUAAAAACUUUCCUUGGGCUCCAGCGUGUCUUUGGCUGGCGACUCCCGACAGGGUGAUGUCAUUUCCUGUCCGUCCUGAGGCUGGCUCAGCUUUGCCAACAUUAUCUGGAGAAGCUGAGAUCAGAAUCGACGGAACUGAGAUUUUAUAGCAAGAGGAGGAGUGCGUUUUCCCAGCUGCCAAAGAAGAAUUUGACUUCUAAAAUAUUUCAAGAUUUGAGUGAAUUCCUUCAAGUUACUAAGUAAAAGAUGCAAAUUCCUCAUUAUGUUUCCCAUCACUCGACACUCCUGCUUGCUAAUCCAAUAAAAGGCAGACAAGCCUGCCUUCUACCAUGAUUUUAAAAAUAUUUUUAUUAUCUUAAAUUAUAGUAGCUGAUAUUUAUGUGUGCUUAUUAACACAUGGGGCAUUGGUGUGUGUUAGUGAAAUAAGAGGAUAAAAAUUAGGAGUCAUUCAGAAUCUGAAAUUGUCUGGCAUAUCAGAACUCUUAUUUCAUGGGUUCAAAAUAAGAUUAAAUUCUAAAGCUGAUGCAUACGUUCCAAAGUAUCUUAUUAUUGAAUAUUUACAGGAAGCCAUUCAUUUUAAUCUGCUCCCUUGUCAGGCAGGUUCUUGACUUGGGGGUAGAUUGUACUUUAUAGGGGUCGUCCCUUGCGUACAAGAAAGCCAUGAAAGAAACUGGAAAUGGACAAUGUGCUCUUUGAUAAAUAAAAAAAGAAAGCACCAAAAAA